AUGACCGGGCUGCCGUCCUCUUCCUACCCCGGCCAGGUCCUGCCGCCAGCCGCCGUGAUUUCGCCGGAAAACGAGGAGAAAAGCUCCGGUUUUGACAGAAAAUUCGCCGGCUUCGUUCUCCGUCGUCCGGCCGCCAUUUUUGGCGAUCAAGGUAUGGAAAUCUCAUCCUUUCCUCAUGAUCUAGCUGAUGGUUGGGUAGGAUUUCGUAAUUUUGAGCCUAGAUUAUCUGAUUCUCGAGUUAGGGUUCGGCCGGAUUUCGGGAGAGAUUCCGGCCACUUCCGGUCAGUUUUUGGGGUACGUCCAAGAACAAAAGUGACUCCAAAUUAG